GUGCGCAUUGUUUUUAAAAAUAUAACCUCAAGGUUUACUAGAAAUAAGAAAAUUCAUACGAGUAUAUUUUUAAGAACAGUUCAAUUUAAUACUUCAAACAUGGAAGAAAGUACUCCAACAGUUAGUUUGAUAUCAUGUAUGCAUUUUGUCCGCCGUGGUGUGGCGAAGCCUGUUCCAGAAAAGAUUGAGUUAACUGAAAAGGAACUGGAGAAGAUCAUCAAACAAACCGCGGACGACCUAAGACUUACAGAGCAAGGUGAUGAUGAUAGUGAUGAGGAAGAACAAAAUGCUGCCCCCAGGGAGCCCCCCGCUGACCCUAAUGAUGAGUUUAACUUUGCUAACUAUGAUCAAGAAGAUUCAACUAACCCAAUUGGAAUUGGCACAAUAGCUACAUUGCCUAAUUUAGGGGACCUCGGUGAUAAUGUACAAAUCAGAACCGAGGGUCCUGAUAGUGAUGAAGAAGAUGACAUUAUCAAGCCCGAUGACAAUUUACUAUUAGUCGGCCAUGUGGAAAGUGAUGCCAGUGUUUUGGAAGUUUACAUUUUUAACAAGGACGAGGGGUCAUUUUACGUGCACCACGACAUUAUUCUGCCGUGGUUCCCGCUGUGUAUUGAGUGGUUGAGCCAUGACCCGUCUGAUACACAACCUGGUAACCUUUGUGCACUUGGCGGUAUGGACCCUGUGAUACAAGUGUGGGAUUUAGACAUCGAGAAUUGCCUGGAACCAGCAUUCAAGUUGGGCAAGAAGCCUAGUAAGAAGAAGAAAAUAAAACGAGUGGGCCACAAGGAUGCAGUACUGGACUUGUCUUGGAAUAGGAAUUUCACUCACAUUCUCGCCAGCGGAUCGGCCGACAACACAGUUUUAUUGUGGGAUCUGGACCAGGGCACGCCGCACACUAAGCUAGAUUACUUCGAAGAUAAAGUGCAAUCCGUAUCCUUCCAUCCACUAGAGGCACAAACGCUCGGUGCGGGCGCGUGCGACGGUCGCGCCCGGGUCGCGGACUGCCGCAGCCCCGACGCGCACCGCGCUUGGGCCCUCGCGCCAGAGAUCGAGCGGUUCACGUGGGAUGCACGGAAUCCUUUCUGCUUUGCGAUAAGCAACAACGUGGGAAAGGUAGCGUACAUAGACUGCAGGCAGGACGAACCGCUGUGGACUAUUGACGCGCACGACAACGAAGUCACAGGUUUAAUAUUAAACGACAAAGUUCCUGGAAUGAUGGUGACGAUAGGCGCUGACGAGAAAAUCAAAACAUGGGAUAUCACCAGGCCAACACCGCAGCAGGUCGGCGAGCGCUCGCUGCGUGUGGGGCGCGCGCUGUGCGGCGCGGCGUGCCCCGAGGCGCCGCAGUUCGUGGCGGUGGGCGGCGACAACAAGCAGCACUAUAUCGAGGUGGUCGACCUCUCCGCCAACGACGAAGUGAACAACCGCUUUGGAUCGUAUUUAACGACGAAUGAACCAACAAAUGAAGCUAUGGAGACUUAGGAGUUUUACAUUACUGAAAUUCUGGCACGCGGGUCACUGAAAACCGAAUUGUUCGUGUUAAUACAAAUGUUUAGCUUGAUUGUGUA